AUGAGCUCCCUUCGCAUGGUUGUGCUCGGCUCUGCCGUGGCCUCUGCUUCCGCCAUCGCCGGCGUCCACAACAACGGCACGGCCACCGGCCACAUCGUCUACACCACCGAGGUCGUCACGGCCCUGACCACCUACUGCCCUGCCCCCACGACCCUCACCCACGGCGACAAGACCUACACCAUCACCUCGGCCACCACCCUGACAAUCACCGACUGCCCCUGCACCAUCAGCAAGCCCGUCCAGCCCACCGCCGUCCCUACUCCCGCCCCGGGCUGCAACGAUAAGUGCCAGGCCACCUACGACCAGUGCCGCGGCAAGUCUGGUGCCAACCUGUCCACCUGCGUCUCCGACUUUGAGGGCUGCAAGGCCUCUUGCACCGGUGCCACCACGGCCGCUCCCUCCAAGCCCGUCUCGCCUACCGUUGUCCCUGCUCCCGCCCCGGGCUGCAACGACAAGUGCCAGGCCACCUACGACCAGGCUGCAAGGCGGGCCGCUCCCUCCAAGCCCGUCUCGCCUACCGUUGUCCCUGCUCCCGCCCCGGGCUGCAACGACAAGUGCCAGGCCACCUACGACCAGUGCCGCGGCAAGUCUGGUGCCAACCUGUCCACCUGCGUCUCCGACUUUGAGGGCUGCAAGGCCUCUUGCACCGGUGCCACCACGGCCGCUCCCUCCAAGCCCGUCUCGCCUACCGUUGUCCCUGCUCCCGCCCCGGGCUGCAACGACAAGUGCCAGGCCACCUACGACCAGUGCCGCGGCAAGUCUGGUGCCAACCUGUCCACCUGCGUCUCCAACUUUGAGGGCUGCAAGGCCUCUUGCACCGGUGCUUCUGCCCCUGCUCCUCCCCCUGCCCCUGCUCCCACCGCCGCCAAGCCCUCUGGUAACUCUACCACUCCCGUCACCGCCGGUGCUGGUGCCCUGGCCCCGGCCAAGGUUCUCCUUGCCCUGGGUGCUAUUGCCUUGCUGUAA